AUGCCCCCUCAUAUAUCCCUCUCCACCAUCACAACCGCCCUCACCUUCACCCUCAUCCUCCCCCCGACACGCGCGAUCCUCACUCCACCGCCCCUCAUUAUCAACACCUGGUCCGGCCCCUUCACCGCCGCCACAGACGCCGCCUUCCUCGCCCUCACAUCCAGUCCCCAAUCCCCCUCCCUAGCCCUCGACGCCGCCCAAGCAGGCUGCCAGGCAUGUCAGGUCAACCAAUGCGACACUACCGUCGGCUUCGGCGGCUCCCCCGAUGAAUCCUGCGAAACGACGCUCGACGCUCUCAUCAUUGACGGCCAGACGCUCAACGCCGGCGCAGUGGCCAACCUGCGGCGAGUAAAGGAUGCCGUCGGGGUGGCGAGGCAUGUGCUCGACUAUACGAGACACACGCUGCUCGCGGGUGAACAGGCAACACAGUUUGCCCUGGAGAAUGGCUUCACGGAGGAGUCACUAUCAACAGAAGACUCACUACGAGUGUGCCAUGAAUGGCGGUCCAGCAACUGCCAGCCAAACUAUCGGUCCAACGUUCUUCCCAACCCCCUUUCUUCCUGCGGCCCUUACUCCCCCAAUCUCAUCACCAACGCCAACAUCAUCUCCAGUAAGCUUAACCUCACACCAAAACCCUCCAACGCAAUCAACGACCCCUCCCACGACACCCUCUCCCUCAUCGCCCUCUCCCCCGCCGGCCACCUCGCCGCCUGCACAACCACAAACGGCGCCUCGCACAAGAUCCCCGGCCGCGUCGGCGACGGCCCCAUCCCGGGCUCCGGCUCCUACGCCGACUCCGACGCCGGCGCCUGCGCGGCCACGGGCGACGGCGACCUCAUGAUGCGGCUCCUGCCGUGCUACCAGGCCGUCGAGUCGCUCCGCCGCGGGAUGACGCCGCUCGAGGCCGCGCGGGACGCGGUGCGGAGGAUCGUUAAGCGGUUUCCGGGCGCGAGGACGGGCAUCGUGGUUGUGGACUUGAAGGGGGAGCAUGCGGGCGCGGGGAGCGGGUGGGAGUUUACGUAUUCGUAUAGGGGAGGGGAGAUGGAGAGGGCCGAGGUUGUCGUUGUGAAGCCGAUGGAUGAGGAGGUGGAUAUGAGAUUGGAGCUGUGA